CACAGAACUAACAUAGUAAGCAUCACUGUGAUAUCGACCUCUAUUUGAUGAUAGUCUUAUAUUAAGUAAUCCAAGAUUACUUCUUUGAUUUCUUACAGAUGGAGCAGCAUUCGACUUUAUUAUUGUUGGAGCUGGUUCUGCUGGCUGCGUAGUCGCCAAUAGACUUACUGAAAUUACUAAUUUGAGUGUGCUUCUUAUUGAAGCAGGGGAUGAUCCAGAUCUGGGCUCUUAUAUUCCUGGGUUAUUUCCAUUUAUUCCCUUUAACUGGGACUACACCACAGUCAACGAUGGAUAUACAAGCCAAGCAACAACAACAAAAAAAUUAAACUUCUAUAUCGGUAAAUCCCUCGGCGGUUCAAGUGCUAAUAAUUAUGAGUUACAUGUUAGAGGAAACAAAGCAGAUUAUGAUAGUUGGGAGGACAACGGUAAUAUAGGCUGGAAUUGGCAAAAUGCAACUCACUAUUUCAAAAAAAGUGAAAAACUCAAUAGUCCAGCUAUAAUGGAAAGCGAGUCUGCGGUUCUACAUAAUACAGAGGGGUAUUUAGGAGUUACCUUACCAUUUUGGAAGGAAAGAACAAAAGAUUAUCUUCAAGCUUUUAAAGAAAAUGGACACGAUAUUUUACUAGAUUAUAAUGGUUUCAAACAACUCGGAUAUGCUGAAUCUCAGUUUACAAUAGACAAUAAUGUUCGCCAGAGUACAGCAUAUGCUUUUAUAAGACCUAUUAAAAACAGACCUAAUUUACACAUCCUUAAAAAUACUUUAGCUCAAAAAAUAUUAUUAGCGAAUAAAGUAGCUGUUGGAGUUGAGGUUAAAUUAACAAAUGGCAGAAUUAUCAAAGUGAAAGCCAAAAAAGAGGUUAUUUGUUCAGCAGGAGGAUUGAAUACUCCAAAAUUAUUAAUGUUAUCUGGAAUAGGACCUCGAAAACAUUUGACUGAUCUUAAUAUUGAAGUAUUGAUUGAUUCACCAAAUGUAGGUGAAAAUUUACAAGAUCACAUUUGCGUAUCGGUAAUGCUUACUGGUAAAAAUAAUCCAGCGUCAGUUGUCCAGAAUUUAGAUAUAAUAACACACAUUAAUCAAUAUCCAAAUCCAGUAAUAAUGGGUUUUGUCGCUCUGAAUAAAACGCAAAGCUAUCCCGACUACCAAGCAAUAAUAUUACCUGUUCCUGUUCGAUCUCCCAUACCAACUGCUUUCACUUCUUAUGUGUUUAGAUUAAAUGAAGAUAUAACUAAUUCGUUUUACAAAGCCGCACAAGAAAGAGAAUCUCUCUUUGGGCCUAUUGUGUUAUUGCAUCCUGAAUCUAGAGGAAAGUUACAGUUAAAAAGUAAAAAUCCCAACGAUGAUCCUUUAAUAUACACUGGUUUUUUUUCAAAGAAAAAUGAUUUAGAUAAAUUAGCUGAUGCAGUAAUGGAUUAUGUAUCUGUUAUUAACACAACAUUAUUUAAAAGCGUUAAUGGGGAGAUAGUUAAAGUAAAUAUUAAACAAUGCGAAGGCUUGGAAUUUGGGAGUCGGGAUUAUUGGAAAUGCUACUGCUUGUAUAUGGCCAGUACUAUAUACCAUCCUGUUGGGACUUGUGCAAUGGGACCAAAAGGGAAAGGUGUGGUUGAUGAGCGACUAAGAGUUCAUGAUGUUAAAGGAUUAAGGGUGGUAGAUGCCAGUAUAAUGCCAACAAUUACAAGUGGCAACACUAAUGCUCCUACUAUCAUGAUAGCAGAAAAAGCCUCCGAUUUAAUCAAAGAAGAUUACAACUUUUUGUAAAUAAUUGGAAGUAUUUUAAGAAAAAAAAGAAAUCACAAAAAGCACCUCACUAGAUGGCGCCUUUACCAAUUGAUUUUUGCAGGAAACGAAUUAUGAAUUAGAUAUGAAUACAAAUACGAAAAAGUAUAAAUAGAAUAUGAGUUGUUUAUUGAGUUUUGAAAAUUAAUUUGUAUUUUUUCAUAUUUGUAUUGAUAUUUUAGUUUCAACUUAUCGAAUUUCAGUUUUUUAAAUAUGUUAG